AUGGAUUUUCUGCACAAGCUGUUGGUUGAGUCCUGGGUUCUAUGGGUGUUGGGUCUCUUUGUCGUUGUGUGUCGACUGAUAUCACGACGCAUGAAACUUAGAAAAUGGAGUCGUCUCGCCAUUGAAGAUUAUCUCAUGGUCUUUGCCCUCAUCAACUUUACAGGAGUCGUCGUCUCGAUCAACGAAGUCGCCAAGAAUGGCAGCAACUACAUGCCCGCCGAUGUCGCCGCGAAGCUCACCCCCGAGGGACGACAACAAGCCAUUAUCGGCAGUAAAAUGACCUUUGUUCUCGAGAUAUUCGCCCUCACUUGUACCUGGACCAUCAAAGCUUGUCUGUUAUUCUUGUACGCGAGAUUGACGCAGGGCACAUCGAUAAGACAGAAAUGGGCGGUGCGAUUCGUCUCUGCGUUUUGCGCGGUGACGUACAUCGUCGUCACCUUUAUGUUUGUCUUCUUUUGGUGUUCGCCUACGCCAGAGUAUUGGUCUGUUCCUGUUAAUCCCAAGAAGAUGCAAUGUGCGACGUAUUACAACCAUAUGAUCUUUGCGACGGCUUGCAACAUCGCCAGCGACAUCAUGUUGAUCUUGUUACCGAUUCCGAUCGUCAUCAACAUCAGUCUCCCCAAGAAGCGCAAGAUUGGUUUGUGCUGUGUUUUUGGCUUGGGUUUGUUCAAUAUCCUCGCCGCUGUCCUCAAUCGUUACUACAACUUCAGCAACCCCAAUUCCUACGUCUUUCUCUACUGGUACGUCGCAGAAGGCGGCGUCGCCCUCUGGGUCGGCAGCCUACCACUCUGCUGGCCCGUUCUACGUCUGGCUCUCGGCUCCAAAGGCGAUUCCACCGACCCCUCCUCAUACCCCAACACUCCCUACCGUAAUGGUUCAUACCCUGAAGGUUCAGCGCGACGGAGAACUCAAGGUCUUCACCCGCUGUCAGGCAAACCUUCAAUCUGGUCUAAGUUGGAGGAUGAGGAUGGCGUCGUGCGCACUGACGUUUCGCCCGAGCAGGGAAGCCAGAUUGAGCUGGUGGACCAGCAUGGACCGGAUCUGCUGCAGCGGCCGUACCGCGCUGAAGCGAAGAUUAGUAGUGGGACGCAGCAGCACGAGAGGGCUCGCAGUGGGCAGAUUACAGUGGUUACGAGCGUGGAGGUUAGCUCGAAGCAGACAUAG